AAGUAUUACAGGAGAAUGUUACCGAGAUGCGCAAUCAGUAGCGAGCUGGACUCCGACGAGAGAAGGAGGAGGCGGCAGGCAGGCAGUCAGCUGGGGGAGAUUGAUCACUUUUCGUCGCUUGGCGUCUUCCCCCAUCAUAUGAAAGAUAGUUUCCGAAGCAGACGCGAGAUUCCAACAUGGCGGACAGAGGGCAGAAAGUAGCCUUCAAUAAUCCGGCUUUUGUUCAAGACGACGAACCGGUACAGUUGCACAAACACAUCCAGAAGGACCCGGAUGUCGUCUCAAGGGCGGGAAACCCUGUCACACCGGGCGUGGCAGGACCUAAAGUUCUCACGCCCGAGGAGAAGAAGGAAAAAUUCGCCAUCAUGAAGAACAUCAUAAUUAUUUCCAUCGCUUUCACGUUUCUUUUCACGAGUUACAAUUCCAUGUCGAAUCUUCAGUCGUCCAUUAACAAGGUAGACGGCACAGCUGCCCAGACCGCCUUGUACGCUGCUUUCAUCUUCUCGUGCUGCUUCCUCCCCUCGUGGAUGAUCAGGCGACUGCACGAGAAGUACACGAUGGCGGCCUGCAUGCUGUGCUACUCGACCUACAUGGCGGCGCAGUUCUACCCCGAGAUCUACACGCUGGUGCCCACGGCGGUGGUGGUCGGGCUCGGCGCCGCGCCCAUGUGGUCCGCCAAGUGCACCUACCUCACCAAGGUCGGUACCAUUUACGCAGACCUGGUGGGUGUCAACAGUGACGUCAUCAUCACGCGGUUCUUCGGCAUCUUCUUCCUGUUCUUCCAGUCGACGCAGGUGUGGGGGAACAUCAUCUCCUCUACAGUCCUGUCGGUGGGCGUGGCCGACGGGAACAAAACCGACGAGGAUUUACAGCGCUGCGGCUACCACUUCUGCCCCUGGGAUAGCAGUUCCGGCGACAACAACACUGCCAGCGACAUCCCCCAGUGGCAGAGAUACACCAUGUCUUCGAUCUAUCUCGUGCUUGCUCUUUUAUCGUCGCUUGUCGUGGUUCUCUUCGUCGACCCUCUGAGCACGUUCGAGAGGAAGAGCCCCGACGCCACAGAAGACGGCGAAUCGACCCUGCAACUGCUGGCCAAGACGUUCAGCCACAUCCGCCAUCCGUACCAGGUGUUCAUCAUCCCGAUCACCAUUUGGUCGGGUCUCGAACAGGGUUUCCUGAGCGCCGACUUCACUGCGGCCUACGUAUCCUGCGGCCUGGGCGUGCACAUGGUCGGCUACGUCAUGAUCUGCUACGGCCUCUGCGACGCCGUGUGCUCCUACUCGUUCUCCCCCCUGGUCAAGGCCGUGGGGAGGGUCCCUGUGUUCACCCUGGGGGCCCUCAUCAACCUCGGGGUCAUCAUCACCCUCAGGUUCUGGACCCCGACAGCCGAUGACCUGCCCGUGUUCUUCGUCCUCGCCGGGUUGUGGGGCGUGGCCGACGGAGUGUGGCAGACGCAGAUCAAUUCUCUCUACGGCGUGAUCUUCCCGGGCGAAUCCGAAGCGGCCUUCAGCAACUACCGCCUCUGGGAAUCGACGGGUUUCAUCAUUUCCUACGCCUGCAGCACCCUCAUCUGCAUCGAGCCCAAAGUCAUUAUCCUGCUGGUGUUCCUCGUGCUGGGGAUCCUCGGCUACUACGUGGUGGAGGUCCUGGAGAAGCGAGGAGGACUUCGAAAAGAUGGCGCAGGGAAAGUUGUUUACAUCGAUCGUCUUUUGUUCGGGAGGGACUGAGUUGCGGGGACGGAUGGCGCUGGGGUGGGUCUUUAUGGGUUAUAUGUUGGAUUAUCUAUCUAUCUAUCUGUUUAUCUGCCUGUUUAUCUAUCUAUCUAUAUGUUUAUCUGU